AUGAGCUUGGGAGGUGCUGCUCCGGGAACGGACAACACCAGCCUCAUCGAUAAUUCCGAGACGGUCCACAUCUCCUCCCUCGCCCUGCUCAAGAUGCUUCGACAUGGUCGCGCCGGUGUACCGAUGGAAGUCAUGGGCUUGAUGCUGGGCGAAUUCGUUGAUGAUUUCACCGUCCGCGUGGUGGACGUGUUUGCUAUGCCCCAGAGCGGUACUGGUGUCAGCGUAGAGGCCGUCGACCCGGUCUUCCAGAUGAAGAUGAUGGACAUGCUGCGGCAAACCGGCAGACCCGAGUCCGUAGUUGGCUGGUACCACUCUCAUCCAGGGUUUGGCUGCUGGCUGUCUUCAGUCGACAUCAGCACACAACAAAGCUUCGAGCAGCUCACCCCUCGUGCGGUUGCUGUCGUCGUCGAUCCGAUUCAGUCAGUCAAGGGCAAAGUCGUCAUUGAUGCGUUCCGCCUCAUCAACCCACAGACCCUGAUGAUGGGCCAAGAACCGCGCCAGACGACGUCCAAUCUGGGUCACUUGAACAAACCUUCGAUUCAGGCGCUUAUCCACGGCCUCAACCGCCACUACUACUCCAUCGGGAUCAACUACCGGAAGACGGCACUGGAGGAGAACAUGCUGAUGAACCUGCAUAAGCACCCGUGGACGGAUGCCCUGCAGAUGGAAGACUUCCGGGCCGAGGGCCAGCGGACCAAGGAGCGGCUCCAGCGGCUCGUCAGCCUCGCCGAGGGGUACGAAAAGAGGGUCAAGGAAGAGACAGAGCUCACCAAGGAGCAAUUAAAGACGCGCUACGUCGGCAAGCUGGAUCCCAAGAAGCACCUGGAGGAUGUCGGGCAGCAGUUGAUAGAGGACAAUAUCGUGGCCGUGUCGAGGCAGAUGAUCGACAAGGAAGCGACGAUGGCGAAAAAGGAGGCGCCAGGCGGGCCGAACGGCCAGCCGAAUGGCGACCAGAUGGAGGUGGAGGAAGAGGAACUCUGA